UCGUCCGAUUGGUUUAAACAGGAACAUAGCAAACUGGUGAAUGUAUUUCACUGGAAAGGGGGAACGAAAGCCCAUACUUCUGGAAUUCACAUCACUGACAAGCCAUUUAUGCUGGAGAAUGACCAUGGACAAAAAGUAGCUGUGUUUUUAAUGGACACACAAGGAUCUUUUGACAAGGGAAUGACUGCAGCAGAAUGUUCAUUUAUUGCUGCACUCAGUACUUCACUAAGUUCUGUGCAAAUUUAUAACUUGAAAGGAGGAUUGAUCGAUGAGAGUGAUUUGCAACUUUUGCAGAUUUUUUUAAAUCAUGCACGGGCAAUCAUAGAAACUGAACAGGGAGAAGAAAAUGAUCGUACAUCUCAAUUUCAGUGUCUACUGUUUCUGAUAAGAAACUGGCAGAUGCCAGAUUAUGAUUAUGGCAGCAAAGGUGGGUUGGAAUAUUUGGAAGAAGUCAUGAAUACAGAUCAAGCUGAAAACAAAGAUGUGAGGAAAAAGAUCAGAGAGAGUUUUGCUGAUGUUAGAUGUCAUUUGUUGGAACACCCUGGAAAGAAAGUUGCAAAACUAAAGGAUAGUAAAUUGGACAAAAUUAAAGUUUUAGACAUAGAUAAAGACUUCCUUGAAGGAGUGGAUGAUUUGGCCAAGUGUUUGUUUUCUAAAGAUAGCUUGGUUGUAAAGAAACUUAAUGGUAAAGCUUGCACUGGUAAAGAUCUUAUGAAGGUUGCAAAGCAAUUUAAAAAAAGAGUUGAAAGUGGUGAUGCACCAAAAGUGAACACACCAUUAAAGAUGGGGGGGAAAUACAUCGAGUCAAAGAUGUUAGAACAACUUCAUAAAGAUUGUUUGAAAGAUGCAUUGAAGAAAUAUGAUAAACUGAAACAUGACAUGCUUGAUGAAGGCCAAAGGUCAAGGUAUCGAACACAAGUAGAACAAUAUUUGGAGAUAUUUACUUAUCAAGCAUUGAAACAUAAGAAUAAUGCACAAAGG